AUGCACGAAGACCACCCGCACCCGCUGCUCGCACAAAUCCCCCUCACAGUCUCGCCAUUCGUCUCCCUGCCGACCGCCACCCCUCUGCCCUACACCUACAAGCAACUCCCCUCGACCCUCCCACCCUCCGUCACCGACCCUCCCGCCGUCGCCAACGCCACCGACGACCAACAACUACAACAAGAUGUUAACGCUGCCGGGGGUGGAGUGCCGCCGAAGCCGGCGUACGUGAUGUCGGCGUCGGGCCAGCACGCGGCGCACCCGGACGACAUCAUCGCGUCGUGCCGCGCGCUGCAGGCGCACCUGACGCGGCUGACCGAGGACGCGCGCGCCACGGUGCGCCAGUGGGAGGAGGGCAUUCGCGAGCGCGACCUCGCCGAGAAGCGCCGCGUCGCCCCCGGCUGGCUGGACGAGGACGUCAAGAUGCUGGUGCCGGAGCGGAAAGGUGACGGUGGUGGUGGUGGACAACAGGGGGGAAGCUUGCUGGAUGAGGCGGCGCCGCAGCAGCAGCAACAAGGGGAGGCGAUGCAGGGGGUUGUGCAGAGUGAUGAGGGGGCUGAGCUAGACAGGGCAUUUGGAGGGUUGGGGAUUCGGUGA